GUGUUGUUCCAUGGCAGAUGUCAGUCUACUUGCAAGGUUUCAUAGGAUGACACCAUGAGCAUCUCAGACAAUUUCAUCGUAGGGCUAGUUGCUCUGGCUUUGUGCCAGGCAGCACUUGCAGGAACGUGCGGAAAGAACUUCACGGCCCAAGAUGGAUCCAUCACCUCUCCGGGAUUCCCGCAACAAUAUGAAAACAAUGUGGAUUGUGAUUGGUAUAUCAGUCCGAACGUGACUUCUUUCUUCUAUAUUAGGUCGAUCAGUUUCAGCACAGAGGCAUGCUGCGACAAAGUGUCUGUUUCUGUCAUUCGUGCCAAUGGUUCUAACGUUGAAAACCAGUUGAUGGUAAGCGGAACCGGGCCGCUGCAGGGCAAUUUUUUCAUCGACACAGGUGACGUUGUUUACAUUCACUUUCACACCGAUGGUUCCAACGUGGCUUCAGGGUUCCGUCUUCUUUACUCAGCUGCAGCACUGUGCCCGGAAUCGUCAGACCAUUUCCAGUGCAACGAUGGUCUACUGUGCAUAUACCCAGCGUUCACCUGUGAUGGUGUGAACGACUGCUUUGACGGCUCUGACGAAUGGGGACCUUUGUGCCAAGACCAUGCGCCAUGUGGAGGAAACAUAACUACCCAAGAAGGUUACAUCACUUCGCCAGGGUGGCCAGCACAAUGUGGCCGGGGGUUGUCAUGUGAUUGGUUCAUCAGUCCAAACGUGGCCUCUAUGGUCUUCUUGCGAUCUCUCGUCUUUGACGUCGGGGAAAACGCCGAAUUGACUGUAUCCGUCAUCAGUGGAAGCACUUCAACUGAGGAAUUCAUGUCAGUGACUCAUGUGAACGAAGAAGUCUUCGGUGUUUUCCCCUUCGAGAGUGGUGACAAACUUCUUAUUCAUUUCAAUGCAGAUAAUUCGUCUCUGUCACAAGGAUUUCAACUUUAUUACAGUGCUAUAGUUGCAGAGAAUGUUUCCGUGGGCGAUUCCUUACAGGCGACCGUGGACUACCAGUUGUUUCAGGGGAAAGUUUCGGUAGCGGCGUGCAGUAGUGAUUCCUGUGAUGCGCUUCUUCUCAGUGGGCUGGGCCCCGAUAGAAGAUCCUUGGCUUAUGAGUCUUAUGCACAUUGCAAUAGUUUUGGGAAAGGCUGUAGUGAUGACAAUCUGGUCAACUUUAACUAUCCUUCGGGAUGGACAGCGUUUCAGGCGGGUUCUUUGCAGUUUUUUGUGUCCAUUCGUGAGGGAUUUCUUUCAGUAUUCUGGAAUGACCCCUCCACGGUUGCCGCGAGUCUGCCUAUGACUUCUGUGAGCGGGAAACAGCUUUUCAUUACGCCACUUGCAUCUAUAUCAUGGAUAAGUCGACAGACAACGGAGGGCCCGUCUCUCACCACGGCAAUGUUUCCAUCAACCACAUCGGCCAGUUCGACGUUAGCUCCAUUUACGACCACCAGCUCCCCGGUACCAGUUACUACAUCGCCAGCAGCUGCUUCAACCCCAGCACCUCCAACCACUAUCCUCACCACUACAGUGUCAUCUCCAACCACAGUCACCAAUCCCCAACCAGCUCCUACUACUACAACCCCACAAACUCCCACUACAGUGUGGGCCACAACCACACCGGCCGCGGGUUCCUCCAGGCCCACUGUUGGGCCCACCACGACGUCAACGGGCGGAACGACGGUGACGUCAGGCCCGCCGUCGUCCACCACAUCCGGUCGACCCACCAUCAGAACAACCGACCGACCACCAACUACCAACUCCAGGACCACUGUAAAUCCAUACUUCCCCACAACUCCGGUGCCGCCAUCCUCGUGGCCGCCACUACCUGCACCGCCUGCCUGCCCUGCGGACUUCCCUCUGCGCUACCGGUACCUCCUGAUUCCUGUCGCCAACCGCAGCGAGUUGUACGUCAUUUGCUUCGCAGGCUGGGGCCAGUCUAUGAAGUGUCCACACCCAUUAGCAUUCAGCUAUCAACAGCAGAAGUGUGUCUGGUCGUGGAACCCUAGUAUUGCUUCAGUGGCAAACGAAGUGUAGGUGAUUCACUGCAAGAUUUAUUGUUCUAGAGCGUUUCGGACCUUGUGGCCUAGGGUUUUUGAAAAUUAUUGAAACUAUAAGAAGUUAAUAAAGAACGCGUACAAAGCGUACCAGGUGGGCCAUGGA